AUGAAUCGCGGAUCCCGAGAUUCAAUUUUCCAUAGACGUCAUGUAUUUAAAUUUGUUCUGCUUUGCUUCAAUAUACUCUAUCCGCCGAUGAGAAAUUUAUUUAUACCCGUGUUUCUAAACUGCUGGUUGGCUAAACAUUCACUCGAAAAUAUCGUGUGCGGAAUCCAGCACUUUCAGCGAGCAGGUCACAGACAACUAAAUUUGUUUCAAAGCACGUAUUUCGUGGUGGUUACCUUUUCUACUGUAGGAUAUGGAGACUUCGUGCCAGACAUUUGGCCUUCCCAGCUUUAUAUGGUCUGCAUGAUAUGUGUCGCGCUGUUAGUUCUGCCAACACAGUUCGAGCAACUGGCAUUCACGUGGAUGGAAAGGCAGAAACUCGGUGGAUCAUAUUCGUCGCAUCGAGCGCAAAAUGAGAAACACGUUGUAGUGUGCAGCACGACUUUGCAAGCAGACACUAUAAUGGAUUUUUUGAAUGAGUUUUACGCUCACCCGCUGCUUCAAGACUAUUACGUAGUAUUGCUGUCGCCGAUGGAGCUGGACACGACAAUGCGAAUGAUUCUCCAAGUACCGAUUUGGGCGCAGCGGGUAAUUUACAUUCAAGGCUCAUGUCUGAAGGACGGUGAUCUUGUUAGGGCUCGGAUGAUGGACGCGGAGGCUUGCUUCGUCCUCGCGGCACGUAAUUACGCGGACAAAACUGCCGCUGACGAGCACACUAUUUUAAGAUCCUGGGCCGUUAAGGAUUAUGCACCAAAUGUACCCCAAUAUGUUCAGAUCUUCCGUCCGGAAAAUAAACUUCAUGUUAAAUUUGCCGAGCACGUCGUGUGUGAAGAUGAAUUCAAGUACGCCUUGCUCGCUAAUAAUUGCACUUGUCCCGGCGCUUCUACCCUCGUUACUCUUCUGCUCCAUACCUCUCGCGGACAAGAAGGACAGCAGUCACAAGAAGAAUGGCACCGUCUGUACGGUAAAUGUUCCGGGAAUGAAAUCUACCACAUAACACUGGGCGACUCGCGUUUCUUCGGAGAGUACGAGGGUAAAUCAUUUACCUACGCGUCGUUUCACAGUCACCGAAAAUACGGAGUCGCUCUGGUGGCGGUGAGACCCGCGGAGCUCCCUGAGUUUUACGAGGACACUAUUCUCCUGAAUCCCGGAACUGAAGGAACUACCGGAGGAACUUUGAGCACCGGAAGCACUCCGGGAGUUGGGACCACAAUGACGUCGAUUUUUACCCCGACGACGACCCUGUCUGCGAGCGUCGCGGCUUCUGGAGGGAACGGUACAAUAGGCAUCGGUGUCACUCAACACCUGAGAUAUUCGAAUGGUUUUAAAGUACCGUGCGAUGCGACACGUGCUGUUGUUACCAAUGAGAGUGGCGAGUCGGUGUCUCCGGGCAAACCGCGUACUCACGUACCCCCGCCCGGGGCACCGCCGCCACCUCAAGUUAUCUUGCAGGUUCCUAGCACGCCCACACCUCGACAUCACAACCUACUCGCAUCCGAUUUUCACCCUACAUAUUUGGAUCCGUCAAAUCUAUCGGAUUCGAGGCAAUGUUUGCGUGAAGCCGGAUCAACUCCGCAAACUCCGAUCACUGGAAAUCAUCUCGACGUACCAAGAGCCAUGGAUCCUAAUCCGCAUCUAUUAAGUCCUGAAAUUUUGAUGCAAAGACGAGGAAGCCGUCGGCCGAGUAUUUUGCCAGUACCAGAUAUGCUGACUGGCUCAACACUUCACCUUCCGGGUCAAGAAUCACUCGACCACGAGGCCGACGAAUCCGAAGAUGAGAUGGACGACGACGUACCAUGGAGAUCGCCCAGUGAAAAAAUCGCAAUCGUGAAAGGUUUUCCACCUGUGUCGCCGUUUAUUGGAGUGUCGCCGACAUUGUGUUAUUUGUUAAAAGAAAAAAAACCACUUUGCUGUCUUCAAUUAGCUCAAGUUUGCGAACAUUGUUCGUAUAGAAAUGCAAGAGAAUACAAUUGGCAGAAUAAAACUAUAAUUUUAGCGGCAGAUUACGCCAGCAAUGGGAUAUAUAAUUUUAUCAUUCCUCUAAGAGCUCAUUUUAGAUCGAAAACAUCAUUGAACCCGAUCAUCCUGUUACUGGAAAGGAGACCGGAAAUUGCUUUUCUUGACGCCAUCUCCUAUUUUCCUCUUGUCUACUGGAUGCUCGGUUCGAUCGAUUGUUUAGACGACUUGCUGCGUGCUGGUAUCACACUUGCCGAAAAUGUUGUUGUUGUCAACAAGGAGCUUAGCAAUUCUGCGGAAGAAGAUACGCUUGCUGAUUGUAAUACUAUCGUCGCUGUGCAAACAAUGUUCAACAUCACAGAGCUGUCUCAGUCAAGUAAUAUGAGAUUCAUGCAAUUUCGAGCGCAUGACAAGUAUGCACUUCACCUCAGCAAAAUGGAAAAGAGAGAAAAGGAGCGCGGAUCCCACAUAUCAUACAUGUUCCGUCUGCCAUUCGCCGCGGGAAGUGUCUUCAGUGCAUCAAUGCUGGACACUCUAUUGUACCAGGCUUUUGUUAAAGACUACGUGAUAACAUUUGUAAGACUCCUGCUUGGCGUUGAUCAAGCACCUGGUUCUGGAUUCUUGACCUCGAUGCAAAUAACCAAAGAAGACAUGUGGAUAAGAACCUACGGAAGACUUUACCAGAAACUCUGCUCGACGACCUACGAAAUUCCUAUCGGGAUCUACAGGACCCAGGACACCAGUCUCGCGGACACCUCCAAUGGUGACUCUGAUGCUGAGAGCGACACUGGAUUUAUGAAAACCUACCGGAUGAAACGAUCUGCUGCGGCUUCGUGUCUUUCUAACUGCGCUAGUCGUGAUAAGGGUACAUCUGCUUACUCGGUGAGCCUAGCAGACGAAGCGCGAGACAACCAUUCGCAGCAGAUAGAGCGUGCGGAGAUAGCAAACUUGGUCCGUUCAAGAAUGGAGUCGUUGAACCUGCCAACAGUGGACUACGACGACGUGUCGGAGAAGCGCAAUAGCCUUUCGUACGUGAUAAUAAACCCGAGCUGCGACCUGAAGCUGGAGGAGGGUGACAUCGUGUACCUGGUGCGCCCUAGCCCGUUUUCAGCGCAGAAAACCUUCGAGAGACACAACUCGCGAAGAAAGAGCAACAUAAGCUUCUGCUCGGCGCAGCUGGUGGCGCAGAUGUCGGCAGCCGCAGGAGGUGGCGCUGGGGGCGGUGGCGGCGGGGGCUCCAGUCGCCGGGGCUCGGGAAUCGGUAUGGCUAGAGCACCACCUCUCGGCAGCAGCAGCAAGUCGAACUCGCUCUCCUUACCGGACAGUCCCACCGUAGCCGGUGGCCUGAGGGGCCGUUCAAACUCGCUGCGCGUGGUCGACGACAUUCUCCUGAGGCGGAGCAACUCGCUCCGUCAGGGAUUCACCACGCGGCGAAAGAGCAGCCUGGAGGACAUCGGUUUCGGUGGACUGUCCCAUCCGACCAAUCACAACCCGAUAAAGAUAGCGCUGAAUGGGUCCAUCGGGUUGGAGGUGACACCUCCCGAGGAAGGCAGCGUCGGGGCCAGUCCUGGUGCAAGCAACACCGGGAUCCUCGAGGUUGGGCUGCCUUCGAUACCGGUGAUGAGUCCUGGCUACGGUUGUGGUCUUGGUGGCAUGAGUGGCGUGAGUGGCGGCGCUCUGGGCGCGGGAUUAGGCGGCUCUCUGGGCGGCUUGUACGAUCCGCCGAUACUCGGCCUCGCUCCUAAAUCCUCCGGCCCAAGGGAACAGGCCUCCCAGGAUCCGCAACACCUACAGGGAACAAUCGUAUGA